AUGAUUAGCUUUCAAUUAAUAUUACAGCAACAGCUUAGAAGUGUAAGAUUUGGUAAACGGUACAAAUCAAAACGAACAUUGAGAUGUAAUUCAACUACAGCAGGCUCACCAGACGAAGACGAAGGAAUUUAUAUACCUAGGAAGCCGAUCCCUUCACCGAUCGACCAAAGUAAAGUGGAGGAGCCUCCGGUGUUCGACAAAGCCCUCAUCACUCAUCUGGAAAGACUUUCCUUGAUACGGUUCAGUGAUGAGCAGGCAGUUUUUAAUUUGAAACAAGCGGUACGAUUUGCCAAUCAGCUAAAGUUGGUUGACACAACGGGCAUUAAACCGCUCGAAACUUUGCUUGAAGACGUUCCGUGCCCACUGCGAGAAGAUAUCGCGGAUAAUCCUAUGACCAAAGCUGAAGUUUUGAUGAAUGCUGCCAAAAUUGUUGAAGAUUAUUUUGUUGCACCACCCGGAAAUUUACCACUGGAAGAAUCCGAUAAGCUGAAUUUGACGAAAGUUGAAGAUUGUGGCCAAAAAGUGAUGGAUAAAAAGAAUUUAUUGAAGGAUUCUAGAAAGAAAAUAACAAAAUAA